AUGGGGAAGGGAGCAGAACCAACGAGGGUGGGAGUCACUGUUGCAACAACAAUAUGUUUGCUUCUUAUGCCUCUGACAUACACCAUUUCCCUCUCCCCGCUCGAUUUCUUACCAAAUAGGUGUGGUCACGGUGGGAGUGAAGCUCAUGCUGUUGCUGUUGCUGUUGCUGUUGUUGCUGAUCCAGAAGCAAGCAGUGGAAGCAUCAACGAUGGCGGCAGCCGUGAAGAAGAAGAUUCACUGACGUCUCUGCUAGGAAGUCUAUUACAAGGGAAUGAUCGAAGGGAGCUAGAGACAACCGGAUUUGCGUGUAAAUCUGAUCCAGAGAACGAUGUAUGUGUUUCAAACCAACCCGUCCAGAUGAAGACAGAUAUGGGCGCCCUGACCGUGUACCUCUCAUCGCCAUCCAAUGCGGAUCAGAGCCUGCAACUCCCACAUUUGCAACAGCAGCAGAUGCCACGUAUGGUGAGGCCAUACGUGAAGAAGAACGAUGAACAAGCCCGUCUACAUGUCAAAGAGAUUACAAUUCUCUACAACUACACCAUCAAUACCACUACCCCACCUGCUUGUGACGUCACCCACGAUGUCCCCGCUGUCGUCUUCUCCACGGGUCUCAUCGGAAACACAUUCCAUGAACUCAAUGAGAUCAUCAUCCCCAUCUUCCUCACUUCCCGUCACUUCCGCUCCCGACUCCAAUUCGUCGUCACCGAUUAUAAUCACCUCUGGGUUAACAAGUUCCGCCGGAUUCUCUCCCAUCUCUCCGAUUACGAAAUCAUUAAUGCUUCAGAAGACACCAGGGUCCACUGCUUCCCUGGAGUCGUCACUGGUCUACACUUCCAAAACGAGAAUCUCGCUUGCAAGAACAGCGACUUACCCGUCAAAUGUUCCAUAUUUGAAUUCAGACAAUUCCUCAGAGAGGCAUUCCACCUCAAAAUCAAGAACGUAGACCAGCUGAACAAGAAGAGAAUUAGUAGUAUUACAAAGAAGAAGAGAAAGCCCGUUCUUGUUCUUCUCUCACGAAGGCACUCUCGGAGGUUCUUGAACGAAGGUGAGAUGGUGAAGGUGGCGACCGAAUUAGGGUUUCGAGUGGUGGUGGCAACGCCGGAUCUGACUUCGAAUCUAGACAGGAUUUCGCGUGUGGUGAACAGAUGCGAUGUUUUGGUGGGCUCUCAUGGAGCAGGAUUAACCAACGGAAUGUUCUUGCCAGAAGGUGCGGUGGUGGUGCAGAUGGUACCUUUGGGCUUGCAGUGGGCUUCUACUCACUAUUUUGAGAUCCCAGCAGGGGAGAUGGGUGUACAGUAUUUGGAAUACCAGAUUAGUCCCCAGGAGAGCUCUCUCUGGGAUGCGUAUGGUCCCAAUCACCCAGUCAUUACUGAUCCUGAUUCUAUAUUCAAUAAGGGUUUCAAUGUUGGUAAGCCCAUUUACAUUGACGGCCAAGAUCUAAGGCUUGAUCUGUCUAAGUUUGAGGACAUCCUUAUGCAAGCGCUUGAACUUCUUGACCGCUAA